AUGGCCGACUCAUCGGACGCUGCUUCGCAGCUCAAGAUCAACAUCAAGGGACCCUCGGACCUGAAACUGAGCGUCAGCGUCUCGACGGAUCAGACCGUGCGACAGCUCAAGGAAGAAAUCGAAAAGCAGAAGCCCGACACACCUGCAGAUGCACAGAGACUCAUCUAUGCCGGCAAGGUGCUCAAGGAUGACGAACCGCUGAGCGUUUACAAGAUCAAGGACGGCAACACUGUCCACAUGGUCAAGUCAGCAGCGCGAUCGGCCCCCACGACGGGCAACCCAUCGGUUCCGGGAACGGCACCUUCGGCGACCGGAUCGUCCGCCUCGAACAACGCUGCUGCCUCUCAAUCGCAGGGAGUGCCAUCCAACUUCUCUGCCGGCCAGAACUUCACCAACAAUCCGCUUUCGGCACUCAACCGCGCCGACUAUGCUGGCCCGCACAUGGCCAGGCUGCUCAACGAGAGCGGUGGCGCCUUCGGAGGCAUGGGCCUCAACCCGCGUGAUCCCAACAUGAUGAUGGGACUCAUGCAGAAUCCCGAGGUGCAGCGUCAGAUGCGUGACAUGAUGUCGCGACCCGAAUUCAUCGACCAGAUGGUCGCCAUGAACCCGCAGCUGCAAGGCAUGGCGCCGCAGAUGCGGGAAAUGAUGCGUUCGGAGCAGUUCCGCGAGAUGAUCACCAACCCCGAAACCAUGCAGAGGAUGGCGCAAAUGUCGCAGCUCAUGGAGGGUGCUGGAUUGGGAGGCAUGGGUGGCAUGGCAGGACUGGGCGGGCUGGGCGGGCUCGGUGCUGGUGGAGGCGGAGGCGGAGGUAACAACGGAGGUGGUCAGUGGCCGCCGCCCGGUGCCUUUGGCAAUGCUGGUGACUCUCAAAACAGUGGCUCAGCAGCAGGUGGCAACUCGAACUCGAACAAUGGCAACGGCGGUGGCCUCUUCUCCGGAAUGGGCAAUGACAACAGCAACGGACGCCGGAACGGCCAGGGCAACACGGGCAUGUUCAGCGGCAACUUCAACGGGCUCGGCAACACGGGCGGCGCGGAAUCAGGCGGACAGGCCCCACCAAACCCGUUCGCCGACCCUUCUUUCCUUCAGCAGAUGUUUGGCGGAGGAGGCGCUGGAGGCUUCGGCGGUCUCGGUGGACUGGGUGGCCUGGGCGGGUUCGGCGCCGGCGCCCAAGCACCGCGAGAUUCUCGUCCGCCCGAGGAAAGAUUCGCUUCACAGCUCGAGCAGAUGCAGGCGAUGGGCUUCUAUGACGGCCAGGCCAACGUUCGAGCGCUGCUCAUGGCUGGAGGCAACGUGGAAGGUGCCAUCGGCAUCCUGCUCGACAACCCCAAUCCACCGCCACGGGGCAACUGA